UUCAUAGUUCUUCCCCUAAUCGAAAAACUUUGAGAUAUAAUUUGAGGAUACUCUGAAUAACCUCGGAAACUUUGACAAUGGCUGGACCGUAUUUAUCUCCGUUGCCAGGAGAUCUUUUGACAGAGUACAUGUUUGGUAGACGGCGGCAGAGAAGAAACAGGACCACAUUCACACCGCAGCAGUUGAGCGAGUUGGAGUCCUUGUUUCAGAAGACUCAUUACCCUGACGUUUUUUUAAGAGAAGAAGUAGCGUUAAGGAUUAGUCUUUCGGAAGCCAGAGUACAGGUAUGGUUUCAAAAUCGUCGUGCAAAAUGGCGAAAACAGGCAAGACUGCAACUGUUACAAGAUGCUUGGAGGAUGCGCUGCCUCGGUCUCGGCACACCUCCCCUUGGCAUGCCAGGACAUACAAAGCCACCAGAAUCCUCGCCCGAGGGUGGCGAAUCUCCAACACCCAAAGAAUCGCCAGAGUCACCAGCUAUGGAAAGUAAUGGCGAAUUGAAAUCACCUCGACCCGAUACCUACCACCACAAUGGCAACAUAACUGAGAACAUGCCCGCAAUCCCACCGCACGAUAUGCCUCCCCCCAUGUCGUAUGCCAAUGAAGACGGAAGAAUGAUGCAACAGCCACCCUUCCCUUUCCCACCAUUAUUAAUGACACCUCAGCUCGACGAAGUGGUACCCACUGAUUUAAGAGUGAUGACUUCAAAGAACAACCCUUGUCACUGCGGGACGUCUGGAGAAGAAAUAGAUGAACCUCAAAACUUGGCGUAUCGCAGACGAAACCACGAGGCGAGCGACAGUGAAAGCGACACUGAAAUUGAUCUUACUUCCCACUCUAAAGAUGAUGAUUUGCGCGAAUCAGAGCGACUCGCUAAGAGGAUAGCCACGAACAUAUUCAGAAGUGACGCCGUACUGCACGACUUGUUACCGAAUGACCUGAGUAUGGGCAUGAAGAACAUGAACGAAAGAAAUCUCGGUAGAAACGUAUCGAUGUAAUUUUAGAUUUCGUGUACAUUUCUGUUUCUAGUCAAUAUUGUAUUUUAUAGACUUGUAGAUACUUGUUUAUUUGUACGAAUUAAUAUUAAUAUCUGUGUUGGUAAGCUGUUGUAGAUAGCGUACUGCAAACCAAAAAUGUACUUUCUAGAUUGUAUUUAUUGAAUUUGUUUAUUUAGUUUUAGAUUUAAAAUAAGAAAUUGGGAAAUUAAUAAUAGACCAAAGUUAGAAAAAUCAUUUUAUUUUGUCAGUAUAAAGGUUUCUUAGCCAUUAAUUAACCUGAGGCAGUACUUGGCGGUUUUGUGU